AUGCAGUUUCAACUUGUUGUGAUGGCCCUGCUGGCUAUCGGGGCCAUCUCGGCACCUACUUCGCACACUUCUUCAGAUUACAGCCUUGUCAGACGAGUCGCUCAGGGUACGCCUCCUCCAGAUUGCCCUCCAUGUGGCCCUCCCGACGGUCCACCCGAUGGACCCCCAGAGUGUCCUCCAUGUGGUCCUCCAGAUGGGCCUCCUGAUGGGCCUCCCGACGGUCCACCCGAUGGUCCCCCAGAGUGUCCUCCAUGUGGUCCUCCAGAUGGGCCUCCAGACGGACCUCCCGAUGGUCCCCCAGAAUGUCCUCCAUGUGGUCCUCCAGAUGGGCCUCCAGAAUGUCCUCCAUGUGGCCCUCCUGAUGGUCCUGGUGGCCCAGGCGGUCCUCCCGGUGGUCCUGGCGGUCCCGGUGGUCCUCCCGGUGGUCCUGGUGGUCCUGGUGGCCCAGGCGGUCCUCCCGGCGGUCCCGGCGGUCCAGGUGGUCCUGGUGGUCCUGGUGGUCCUCCCGGCGGUCCCGGUGGCCCAGGCGGUCCUCCCGGUGGUCCUGGUGGUCCUGGUGGUCCUCCCGGCGGUCCUGGCGGUCCCGGUGGUCCUCCCGGUGGUCCUGGUGGCCCAGGCGGUCCUCCCGGCGGUCCUGGCGGUCCCGGUGGUCCUCCCGGUGGUCCUGGUGGUCCUGGUGGUCCUCCCGGCGGUCCCGGCGGUCCCGGUGGUCCUCCCGGUGGUCCUGGUGGCCCAGGCGGUCCUCCCGGUGGUCCUGGUGGUCCUGGUGGUCCUCCCGGCGGUCCCGGCGGUCCAGGUGGUCCCGGCGGUCCAGGUGGUCCUGGUGGUCCUGGUGGUCCUGGUGGUCCCCCCGGCGGUUCCAGUCGCCGUAGGGUCCCCAUUGCAUUCUAA